GUUGGUCACUGGCCCAUUUCUUGCCGGGCGAAGAGACCACGGCCAGCCACCCGCUAUGUUGGAGCGGCACUUGCCGCCGCCGCCCAGCUGGCCCUUGCUACACAGCAAGUUUGGAGCGUUGAAGAAUGGAGUACCAAAGUAUGUACCUCAAGACGCUCUCAUCGAGGCGUUCGAGACGGCGCAGGCGGAGACCACCGCACGGAUCCGCGCUGGGCUGAGCCUACCAGCGUCUCCGGAGGGGAAGUCGACCACCUCCAGGUCCUGGCCUCACCGGCGCCAUGGCAGCGAGCCACCGCCCUCGCCGUCCAGACGACAGCGGCUGCUGGGGCUGGAGCUCCCACAGCCGCCCCUCCCACCCGUGGCUGGCGAGCUAAAGGUGAGGCUGGAAGCCUUGGAACUGGAAGCGAAAAGAUCCCAUGCACAAGAGCUAGAGCGGAUGCGGGAGAUUUGCAAUGGACUUCAGGAAGACUUAGAGCUUUGCCGACGGAGUUUGGAUGAGAAGGGAAGGCAGGAGGAGAUGGCUCAGAAGGAGCUGGCACGCCUCCGAGCGGAGCACGAUCGGGCCGAGGCUGAGAAAGCGCGCCAGCAGAGGAGCGAGUCCAAAGAGACUCUCCGACUGAAGGAGGCUUUGAGCCUUCUGGAACAAAGCGAGCAGGACAAGAGCCGUCGGCUUCAAAUGGAGCAGGAGGAGGUCGCACGUCUCCAGACUGAGCGGGACCGGGUUGAAGCUGAGCUCAGGGACUUGCAGAUGGAAAGCCUACGGAGCGCCGAGCUUAAGGAAAAGCAGCUGCGGGAAAGGAUGGAGACCGAGAAGAGACAAGAGCUGCUGCAAAAGCAGAAAGAGCUGCAGAGACUAGAGGCAGACGUCCGAAGGCUGACCGAGAGCGUGGAACGAGCGGAGGAGGAGAAGCGGCAUUUGCGAAAGGCCCUGCAAGAGCGAGAAAGGGUGGAAGCAGAGCUGAGGGACUCCUUAUCGAAUCUCAAGGGCCGCGUGAUGGCGCAGAAGCAGCAAGAGAUUGAUCAGCUUGCCGAUGAGAACCGUCGCUUGAAGAUCUCAUUACAGGAACUGGAGCGGGAGAAAGCUCGCUGGAAAGGUCAGGAGCGGUCCUGGUCAGAGGAGCGCUCGCGCCUGGAAGAGCAACUACGCAGCGCGGAGUAUGAUGGACAAGCUCUUCGCUUGAAGCUCCAAAAUGCUCAGGAGAUGGAAGAAGAGCUGCGCCGGAUGAAUGAACAGCUCAGAGAGGAAGAGCAGAAGAUGAGUGCGGCCAAAAGGGUUUUGGAGGAGGAUGUGGGACACCUGCGGAAGGCUUUGAAGCAGCGGCGCAAUGCCGAGAAGGACCUCCAAAAGGCCAUCGAUGAGCAGAAGCGAACGCUGCGCGCGCAGUCCUCCGACUCGGGCAGUCCCAGCCCUCCCGUCCGCCGAGCCAGCUUCACGCCAGAGCCUUUGGGCGGCCUGGGGAUGCCGGCACUCCGCCGCACGAAUACGCUGGGAAUGGCGCCCGGACGCUUCGCGCGUUCCAAGACCAGCUUCUCCGACCAAGUGGAAGUCGAUCUCACCAGCCAGCUCAGCAGCAAGGAGUCUUCAGUGCUGGAAGUGGACAUGACCGGUGACUUAUGACCUCCCAACUGUAGAGCUGAAAUUCGCUCCGCGCUCCACGUUGCUUUCCGUGUGGAGCGCGAACGUUGCCAAUGCCAAGAGGAUCGAUUGGAAUCUCAGCAGAGCUCAACACACGCUUCAGUCGCGAAAAGAAUGCAUGCGC